UGCUCCCUGCGCGCCAUGUCCCGACGCUGCGCGCUGGUCCCCUGGGCGCUCCUGGCCCUGCUCGGCCUCGGAGCAGCGCAAGAAGACGAGCCCUGCUGCGGCCCCAUUGUGCCCCGGAGAGAGUGGGGGGCCCAGGCGUCCGAGUGCGUGCAGAGUCUGAACCAACCACUGCGCUACGUGGUGGUGUCGCACACGGCGGGCAGCGUGUGCAACACGCCGGUCUUGUGCCGGCAGCAGGCCCAGAACGUGCAGCACUACCACAAGCAGACGCUCGGCUUCUGCGACGUGGGCUACAA